AUGAGGUGGUCGAUUGCAGUAUUAUUCGACUCAUCCAUAAUGACCGAUAAAAAGAAAGACGAUAAAGAAAAAGAGGAACCGAAGAAAAUCGAAAUGCAAAGUGUUGAGGAGGAUGACGAGUUCGAGGAGUUCCCUUUGCAAGAUUGGCAAGCCAAAGAGAAUGCCGAGGAAGAGGAGGAAUUGAGUGUUUGGGAAGAUAACUGGGAUGAUGAGGCACAUGAGAAUGACUUCUCGAAGCAAUUGAGGGACGAAUUGGCGAAAAGUGGUUCGAAAGCGAUUGUGUAG